AAUAAUAAUAAUAAUAAUAAUAAUAAUAAUAAUAAUAAUAAUAAUGAUAAUAAUAAUAAUAAUAAUAAUAAUAAUAAUAAUAAUAAUAAUAAUAAUAAUAACACUAAUAAUAGCAAUUAUACUAAAAAUGAUAACAAUAAUAGUAAUAGUAAUAAUAAUGAUAAUAAUAAAAAUGAUAAUAAUAAUAAUAAUAACAAUAAUAAUAAUAAUAAUAAUAAUAAUAAUAACACUAAUAAUAGCAAUUAUACUAAAAAUGAUAACAAUAAUAGUAAUAGUAAUAAUAAUGAUAAUAAUAAAAAUGAUAAUAAUAAUAAUAAUAAUAAUAAUAAUAAUAAUAAUAAUAAUAAUAAUAAUAAUAAUAAUAAUAAUAAUAAUAAUAAUAAUAAUAAUCAUAAUAAUCACAAUAAUAAUAAUAAUAAUACAAAUAAUAAUACAAAUAAUAAUAAUAAUAAUAGUAAUAAUAAUAAUCAUAAUAAUAAUAAUAAUACAAAUAAUAAUAAUAAUAAUAGUAAUAAUAAUAAUAAUAAUAAUAAUAAUAAUAAUAAUAAUAAUAAUAAUAAUAAUAAUAAUAAUAAUAAUAAUAAUAAUAAUAAUAAUAAUAAUAAUAAUAAUAAUAAUAAUAAUGAUAAUAAUAAUAAUAAUAAUAAUAAUAAUAAUAAUAAUAAUAAUAAUAAUAAUAACACUAAUAAUAGCAAUUAUACUAAAAAUGAUAACAAUAAUAGUAAUAGUAAUAAUAAUGAUAAUAAUAAAAAUGAUAAUAAUAAUAAUAAUAACAAUAAUAAUAAUAAUAAUAAUAAUAAUAAUAACACUAAUAAUAGCAAUUAUACUAAAAAUGAUAACAAUAAUAGUAAUAGUAAUAAUAAUGAUAAUAAUAAAAAUGAUAAUAAUAAUAAUAAUAAUAAUAAUAAUAAUAAUAAUAAUAAUAAUAAUAAUAAUAAUAAUAAUAAUAAUAAUUCUGAGAAGAACAGCAGUAGCACCAAAAUAGCUCCAUCUUGCAACAGGAAGACCUAG